UAAAGCCUCUUUCUGCUCUCAGCACAUGCGGGAGAGGCACACAGUCAGAACUCAUACAGACUUGGCUCUCAAGUUGGAGUCACCGACACCAGGAGCCUCAGCACAUCAACGGUAAACCAUGGUCAUCUUACCUUUUCUGUGUGUGUGUCUUCCCUUCAUCACUGCAACAAUAUCCUUUGAGAACCCUGAGGAUCUUGAUGGCACGUUGAGUGUUAGCAUCCCUGAGGAGGUGCCGCUGCUCCCUCUUCUGGGCGGCAAAGUGGUGGUGCCCUGCUACUUCCAGGACAACACGGUCAACGACCCUGGCGCUCCAACCCUCGCCCCCCUCUCUCACCGCAUCAAGUGGACUCAUGUCACCAAGGACAAGGUCACCCUCAUCCUGGUGGCGUCGGAAGGGAAAGUUCACGUUGAGACGGAGUAUCUGGACCGGGUCACAAUGGUGAACUAUCCACUGGUGGCGACCGAUGCCACCAUGGAGUUGACAGAGCUGCGUGCCACUGACUCAGGCAGUUACCGCUGUGAGGUCAUGCAUGGCAUUGAGGAUAGCUACGACUCUGUGGACGUCACUGUUCAAGGUAUUGUGUUCCACUACCGAGCCAUUUCUACUCGUUACACCCUGACCUUUGAGAAGGCCAAGGCUGCAUGUAUCCAGAACAGUGCCACCAUUGCCACACCUGCCCAGCUCCAGGCCGCCUUCGACGAUGGUUAUCACCAGUGUGAUGCCGGCUGGCUCUCUGAUCAAACUGUCAGGUACCCUAUCCACGAACCAAGAGAGGGUUGUUUUGGAGACAAAGAGGACUUCCCAGGUGUGAGAACCUACGGAGUGAGAGACGUCAACGAGACAUAUGACGUGUAUUGUUUCGCCGAGAAGAUGUCAGGCAGAGUGUUCUACUCCAUGUCAGUGGAAAAGUUCACCUUCUACCAGGCUGGCGACCAGUGUGCCAAACUUGGUGCCAGUCUCGCCACCACAGGCCAGCUCUACCUGGCAUGGAAGGCUGGCAUGGACGUAUGUAAUGCAGGCUGGCUGGCAGACAGGAGUGUUCGCUACCCCAUCAACAUCGCCAGGCCCCAAUGUGGAGGAGGCCUGCUAGGAGUGAGGACAGUCUACCUGUACCCCAACCAGACAGGCUAUCCUUACCCAGACUCACGCUAUGAUGCGGUCUGCUUCCGAGAAUCAGAAGACAAUGCAAUCCUGACGACACCCUUCCCCGACAUCAUCACCAUGACUCCAAGCCCUGUGGACUUCCCGGCACGUUCCACAACACCUGAUGGGGAGGCACGGGGAGAGGUGGCCACCCAGGCCCCAACUGACACCAGCACAUUGGAACAACCUCUCCCCAUCCCCCCCAGUGUCAUCGAUACUUUUACAAAGGUGACGCCAGUGAUAGAACAGGAGGUCAGCAUGGCCACAGUCAGACCAGACCUGGGACAGGAACUUCCACGUGAGAAUGAUACUGCCAUGGCUCCCACAGGUGUGGUGUUCCACUACAGGGCAGGCUCAAGCCGUUAUGCUCUGUCUUUCGUUGAGGGCCAGCUGGCCUGUCAAAGUGUGGGGGCUAUCAUCGCCAGCCCCCAGCAACUCCAGGCAGCCUACAAGGAUGGCCUACACCACUGUGAUGCUGGCUGGCUCAGAGACCAAACUGUCAGGUACCCUAUUGUGUCGCCCAGAGAUAAGUGUUCAGGUAACCUGGAGCAUCUCCCUGGAGUGAGAUCGUACGGCCUAAGGCCUUCUGAUGAGCGAUAUGAUGUCUAUUGCUAUGUUGAGCGCCUCAGGGGUGAGGUUUUCUACACAAGUGAUUAUGAUAGCUUCUCCUACGACGAGGCAGUGUCUCACUGUCAGAAACUUAAUGCCACCUUGGCAUCCACCGGCGAACUCUAUGCUGCCUGGAAGCAGGGCCUGGACAAGUGUCGUCCUGGCUGGCUGGCUGACCGCACUGUCCGCUACCCUAUCCGCCAACCCAAGGCCCACUGUGGAGGAGGCAAGGCUGGGGUACACACCAUCUAUGCCUACCCCAACCAGACAGGCCAUCCAGACCAGCACUCCAGAUACGACGCCUACUGCUUCAGAGCUGAGCGCAGAGUACUUCACAAUGAAACCAGUGUCAAUGAGACUCUAGUAGUGGUGGAUGAGGAAAAAAUCAACAUGACGACGAGUAUUGAACAAUUGACACCUGUCAUUCCUAUUGUACCUCCAGUCUCUGUUGACCUGUCUGGCUCAGGCUCAGCAGAGCAGUCAGCCAGUGGCAGUGGCAGUAGCAGUGACAGUGGCAGUGGGAGUGGAGCUGGUGGUCCUAGUGGGGAUUCAUUUGGGGGUUUUGAGACCAGUGGGGAAGGAUCUGGCUCAGGCAUCCACAUCACUCUCAGCGGCGACCACCUGUCUGGAGAGGCCUCUGGUUCUGAGGGGCCCCAGGAGGGGAGCUCCGUCAUCUACAACACAAAGGUAGACUCUGGGGACUGGGAGUCUAGUGUUGGGGAAGAGGAGAAACCUGGGUUCAGUGGGUUCCCCUCCGGUGUGGGUCCCCAUUCUUUUAGUGGCAGUGGUGACCUCAGUGGUGACCUCAGUGGUAGCGGAGAGUCCACAAUCAUCAUGGUGGAUGGGGAGACGGUCGACCUUUCUACUAAGCAACAGCCCACCCAGCAAGAAUUGGGAAGAGGGAGCGUGGACCUGAGUGGAUCAGGGGGCAUGUCUGGCUCAGGGACCAGCGGCUUCUUCAGUGGCUCUGGGAUCCCAGUCAUAUCCUUUGUUACCCCCACUCUCGUCGACCAGACGACCAAAGCAUCAGGCGAGCAGGAAGUAUCUGGUUUCCAUCACAUGGGUUCUGGUUUUCCGAGUGGAUCUGGGGAUCCAUCUGGCUACACUUCAGGGACCCCCUCUGAAGAUGUUUCCCCACCCCGAGGGGAUGUUGUCUUCCUGCCGGAGGAUGGGAUGAUGGAGGUAAAUGUGCAGCCUUCUGAUCGUCGUCCAGAACAGGGACGUGGGCAGGUGGACCUCAGUGGUGAUGGUAGUGGUCCAGGGUUCUACGAAGUGAGUAGUACUUGGGAUCACCAUGCUUCAGCCAAUGGGGAGCUUUCCCGGAGAGAUCCUACAGCCGAAGGAAUGUCUGUUGUCCUGCCCCCAGGUUCUACAUUCCCUUCUCCAGAAUAUAUUACCAACCAAGAGAACUUAGUUCAUUUAGAGGAAAAGCUACCACAGCUAGAUCUUGAAGGCCUGGCUGGGCCCACGGAGGAGAUUUAUGUCACUUCUCCCUCAUCCACUUACUCCAGUCCUACCACCGCACCUGCUGUCUCACAAGUGACACCUGCUGUUGUGCAGCAACCUGCCACUGAGGACGCAUCUCCUGACCCCUGUGAACCUAAUCCGUGUGGAGCUGGUACCUGUUCUGUGCAGGGUGAUAUUGCAGUCUGUCAGUGUCCACAUGGAUUUACUGGAGAAGACUGCAAGACACCAACGCAGGGCUGUGCAGAAGGCUGGGUGGAAUUCAUGGGAAGCUGCUACCUUCACUUUUCUGAGAGGGACACCUGGGGUGUAGCUGAGCAUCGCUGCCAAGAGCUCAACUCUCAUCUGGUCAGCAUCACUUCGCAACAGGAGCAAAACUUUGUCAACUCUAAUGCCCAGGAUUACCAGUGGAUUGGACUAAAUGAUAAGGACGUGCAGAAUGAGUUUCGCUGGACAGACGGGAGUCCCCUGCAAUUUGAGAACUGGAGGCCAAACCAACCUGAUAACUACUUUGACUCAGCGGAGGACUGUGUGGUAAUGAUCUGGCAUGAAGAAGGCCAGUGGAAUGAUGUACCCUGCAACUACCACCUGCCCUUCACCUGCAAGAGUGGACCUGCCAUGUGCUCUUGGCCUCCUGAGGUAGAAAAUGCCAAACCUAUGGGCGAUAGAAGAGACCGUUACCCAGUCAACUCCAUAGUCCGCUAUCAGUGUGACUCUGGCUUCACACAGCGCCAUCUACCUGUUGUACGCUGCCUGCCUGACAGCCGGUGGGAGGAGCCACAAGUGGAGUGUAUAGGACCUGGCACCACAAGCAACAGACUACACAAGCGGUCCAUCAGGAGGCGGUCUAAAGCGGUCAGCAGUCAAUCAUGGAGGAAGCUCCUUUAAUUAGGGAGUGAAAGGACACACUAAAGAGAAUCUAAAGGACCGCUCUUGUAAAAUACCUGAUACCCCAAACCAUUUUUGUGUGACCAAAAAAAGAUAACAUUCCCACCAUGUAUAUAAACGACAAAGCACAUUACAACUUGAUUUUGUAGUCCAUCUGACUGGCAUUUUGGUCUUUGAGCGUCACUCAGUGCCUUUGAGGGGCAUGUAGGGAUAUGUGGGAAGUCUUUUGUUUACUUUAGUGGAAUGUUCUGUUUGUGGUUGUGUUCAACUGUUGAAGGCUAAUGAUUUGGUGGGAGAAAGUAGUGGUAUCGAUUUAAAGUAUAAAACUUGGUGAUAGUAUACAUAAUAAUGUACUAUAGAAAUAGGGAGUGUUUUGGCAGACUCCAUACCACCAGGUGGCACUUUAUACACCUUCAUUAACAUAGAUGGGUCCAAAACUUCAAUACAACACUUCAAAAUAGAUAAAGACUAUUACCAUUUUUUGAUUUAUUUGGGGUUUAUUUAUUCAGGUACUACUUUGGGGUUGGGGACAGGGACGUCUUUUCCAAGGCACUAGAGUGACACUGAGAGUCAAAAACAGAACAAAAUUAAGUGUUUGGGAUUACAGCUGGAUACUCUGAAGUCAAGCACAUUGCUAUGUAGAUCUUUAUUAUAUCAUUUAGGAUAUUUUUCUAUUUUUGUUUUAAUUUGAGACUUUUUAGGGUGGGCCCCUAAGGCCACACAUAGGGACAACAUCUGUGUGAUGAAUAGAGACAGAAUAAGGCUGGUGUUUCCGACUGAUGAACAAAGUGUGUCAACAUAUGCAUGAUUAUACACUAUAAUGCUAAUCCAUCAACCAGGUUCUUGGGUUGCCAUGGCUCAAAUACUUGGAAUCAUCUAAAACUGGACCAAUUCUGCACAUGGGUGAUUGGCUAGUAAUGCUAUCCGUAGGGAGAGCCAGGUAACUACUGUAGCCAAAAACAGUUGUGACCUACAUUAACAAUCCAUGAGCUUCUGUACUCGUUUAAAUUUCUCAAGUCAUUUUGUAGCGACCACAUUCUACCAUGUCAGUGAGCUAUUGUCUGUCUAACAAUGAUAAUGUUCUAUAAUAAUUAUUUGUCUAUCUAUAACUUCACUCUGAACAGCGGGAUCUGUGAUUAACUUACAUAGAGAUCAGACACACAGUAGCACGUUUGUUAGGGGACACUUUUUCCAGACCUAUCUUACUUGCAACCUGCAAGUAUCCAUCCUGACUUGGUGGUGUUUUACCAAUAGUCGAAAAAUCUCUGUGCCAAAUAUGAAAAGGCAAAGAGCUCUGAAGCACUCGAGAAUUGAUAGCCCUUAAUGAAACAAGCUGUGAAUACAGUGAUAGGGACAAAGGCGGAAACACACACACAUAGAACACAGCAUUUGAGCUCAGUGUGCUUCAACAUGAUGCUUGUAAAAGGUUUAUAUCAAAAAGGUCAGGCACACACAUACACACAUGAAGCCCUUAACCUAAAUACAUGACAGAAUAAGUCACAGAAACAAUAAAUUACAAUUAUUGUGUAUUUUGGCCUUACUCCUUGCAAGUGUGUGUGUGUGUGUGUGUGUGUGUAUAUAUAUGGGAACGUGUUAGCUACAUGUUGUGUGUCAAUGUGUGUGUUAUGGUUAGAGUAUGUAAGUGUUUUUGGACUGUAAGUUCUGCAGUCAAAGACUGUACUUUACAACAAACUAAAUGUGUAAGGUUGAUACCUAAGGUAUGGUUUUGGCGAGAAAUCUUAAUAAAAAUAAUUUAAAAAUAUCAAAUAA